GCGGCGGCGCGGCGGCGGGGCCGGGGCCGGCGGGCAGCAUGAGCCAGAGCGAGGUGUCCACCUGCUCGGCGCCGCCGAGCCAGCGCGUCUUCCAGGAGGCGGUGCGGCGCGGCAACACCAAGGAGCUGCAGUCGCUGCUGCAGAACAUGACGAACUGCGAGUUCAACGUGAACUCCUUCGGGCCCGAGGGGCAGACGGCGCUGCACCAGUCCGUCAUCGACGGCAACCUCGAGCUCGUCAAGCUCCUCGUCAAGUUCGGCGCCGACAUCCGCCUGGCCAACCGCGACGGCUGGAGCGCCCUGCACAUCGCCGCCUUCGGGGGCCACCAGGACAUCGUCCUCUACCUGAUCACCAAGGCCAAAUACUCCGCCGGCGCCCGGUGAUGCCGCGGGGGGCCGGGGCCGCGCGCUGCCCCCCGGCGCCUGCCCCGCCGCGCGCGCCCCCGCGCCGCGGCGCCUCCCUGCGCGGCGCCUGGCGCUCCUCGUUAUUAUUAUUAUUAUUUUUUUGGAAAGUUAAUGUUUUUUUAAAAAAAUGUCAAAGCUGCUUGGACUCCAUGUUUUUGUUUUUUGGCAAAGAAAUUUGGGGCCCCACAAAGAUUUACUGACCCCCCCUACCAUUUACUUUUUUUUUUUUUUCUCCUUCCAAGGGUUGUUUUCCUACUGUAAUUUUUUUUCCAUCUACCUCGGCUGCACUCACAGUAUUCACAGUUUCAGUUUGACAUCUGGUCAGAUGCUUUAAAAUGCUCCCUCCCUUUUCCCCGGUGAUAUUUAAUCCUUUUCUCCCCUGCCCCCUCUUAACUGGUGCGGUGGCCUGUCCCUCGAUUUUAAAGUAUUCUGGCUCAGAAAUGAAUUCAUUUCAACACUUCCUGAAAAACCAAGCCACAUUACUCCUUAAAAAACCGAGUGGUGCUUUUUUCUUUUCUUUUCUUCCCCCCCCUCCCUCGCCUUCCCUUCUGCCCCGUUAACAAAUAAGGACGCAAGCGCUGAGGUCUGCGGGAGCGGGGCGCUGCCGUGCUCCCCCCGGCACGGGGCAGGUGCGUGCGGAGGACACCCGCAACCCUUCUUCCCUAGUGACAGUGGAAGAGUGUUUGUUUCUCCUUUUGCAGUCUUGCAGUCUUUGCC